UCUUCACGUAAUGUGUUAGCGACAACCUUACCGGAGAUCACUAUUCAGCUACGAUGUACAUGGGAGUAUUUGAAUUAUUAAUGAGGCCAGCAAGUGAACGAUCCCAGUGUUUCAUUAAGAUAACGUGAUUCUGUAAAAUGCUAUUAAAAGAUGGCGGCAUAUAGGACAUUCGUCACCCCAGAGCCCCAAAACUGGUUAAAACAGUGGAGGGCUGUUUUCAUUACGAGGAAAGUCAUCCUCCCUUCUGUCAAAACAAAGUCUAGCCAUCUGCACACUGAUAUUCUACAGGAGGCAUCGAAUGAGCAGACUUGUCCAUUAGACCAUGGCCGUAUAUCUGACCGGCAACAAAUACCUUGUCGAUAUCAUGAAAAACUUCGAAAUGAAAUUAAAGCCAUACACAAAAGAAAGAAACCAUCAUGGGGAAACGCUUCUACUGACAAAUGGCGAGACUCGUUUCCUAUCGCCAAGUUAUUCAUGCAGUCAGCUGGGUAUGAUGAUAAAUCUUCAUUUGAUGAAAUUGACUUCAACGGACUUGCAGCCUUUAUGUAUAACUGCGGGAAAUACACACACACUGUGGAAACAUUAUCUGACGAGGCUCGGAAGUUCGUGAGCAAGAUCCGGCAUAUGCCAGACUUAUGUUCAAAGGCCCUGACAGACCAGGCCACCACUGAGUGUAUAGACAGCAUGCUUGCGUUGCUGAACGACCCAGAUUUCCAGGGAGAUCCAGAAAUACUGGAAGCGAUCAAACAGCUAGAUGAGUUAAAGACCAAAUCUAUAGAUCCAUAUUCGGAAUUGCUGAAAUAUAUUAUUGAAGAUACUACCAUAAGAGGUGUUCAAGAAAUAACGAAAUAUGCUUCCUCUAAAGAAGGCAAAUACAGCGAACGUGCAAGUGAGAUAAAGGGUGACAUUGAAAAACUCAGCGAUCUGUUAAUGUCCAGUAUAGAGGAACAAGGUGAGAGCAUCAUUUACGAUAUUAUGGAAACUUCUAAAAAAUCACUUGCACAGCUGGAUUCGUGCGUAAUCAAUGCUAAGAACAUUCUGAUUGAGGCAACCGAAGAAGGCAUAUUUAAAUUGACAGACACUGCUGAAAAAGCUAUUACACAUGGUAUUGAUGAACUGAAAGAAACAACUUUAGAUGCGAAACGGGGACUUGAAAUAAAGACUGGUAGAGGAAUACAAACACUAGAAGAUUCAACUGUGGCGGGUCGGGAUGAACUGAUCAAAACGACAAUAUGCGGGACAGUGGAGCUGAAAGACACAUUUGAGAGGGCAAAAAACGAUAUGAGCGAAUUUAUUGGAUGUGAAAAACAGAAGAUAAUAUACGAAAGAGAAGAACAAAGAGAGUCCAAACUGAAAAAAGCAAAGUCAGAUUUACACCAACAAUUGCUCAAUUAUUACCAGGCAACGUCUGUCACAAUGAACGUUCGAUUGGACAUCGAUGCAGCAGUAGAAGACAUCUAUGAAAAGCCCAAACUUAUAUUGAAGAACAGGAAAGACAAAGAUGGUAAAAUGGAAGAUAAAGAGAUAUCAGAAAUGAAUGAUAUGUUUCUGAGCGAAAAUGGCACGAUGGCUAAAACAGUAUUCGUGGUUGGCGAACCGGGCCGUGGAAAAUCCUCUCUCUGUAAAAAGAUUGUCCAUAGAUGGUGCGAACUGAAAAAGGACGGAAAUGAGAAGACAAAGAAAGACAAUCUGUUAAGCCAGUUUGGGUUCUUAUUCUACAUAAGGCUACGGGAGGCUGCUGAUCAAUGCAAAAUCAAAGAUAUGAUUUUACUGUGUUUGAUUGAACGGAUUCAUUCAGAUGAUAAAGAGUCAAGUGAAUUGUUAACAGAGAUUUUGAAAUCAGAAUGUUGCCUUCUUCUGCUUGAUGGCUUAGACGAGUGGACACAUUGUAGCAAAUGCAACCGUGAUGAACGAAUUCCUCAUGUUGAAGCAAGUUGGAUGAACUGUACAACAUUGAUUACAACACGACCAUACAAACUAGCGGAGCUGAAACUGAAUCCCUCACAACGUGGCAACCAUAUGCAGUUGGAGGGUGUUAAGUCACCUGAGAAACUUGUUUCGAGAAUACUUAAGGAGUUGGAGAAAUAUGGAGGAAAACGUCCACACACCUGCGUCGAAGACCUCAAAAUGAAAGGUCUCUGGCAUUUCAAAGAUGAUCCAAUCGUGCUUGUUCAUAUUGUUUGGCUCUGGUUCAGAGACCACCUAAACGUGAAUAUGUGCUUGUCUGAAGUUUACAAGAAAAUAAUAGAAGAAAGAUGGGCUGAAAUGAACGACAAGAAAAAAAUGGAGGAAAACGAGCUUCCAGAAGAAUUUCUUGAUUCUUUGAGCAAAUUAGCUUUCAAUAAACUGUUUUCAGCAAAUGAGGAUGAAUCCAUUGUUUUUUGCAUUGCAAAGGAUCAGUUAGAGAGGAAGUGUCAUCAAUCGUCUCUCGAAUCUGGCAUCAUGUCAUGUAGUAGUAAAAUAGGUGAACGGUUGCCAUUUUACCAAUUUUUGCACAAAUCUCUUCAAGAAUACUUGUCAGCAUUGUAUUUGGCAAAAGGUAGCAAAUCAGAUUUGCUCAAACAUUGUCAACAUGUUCAGGAGGUGUAUAGAAAAUACAGGAGAGAAGGUGUGCUUAGCAUGCGUCAGGUGUUUCUCUUUCUAUGCAGCAUGGACAUAAAUGCUUCUAAAGUGUUUUCGAAGUCAUUAAAUGAACUAUUAACUGACCAGUUUGAAAGAAAUGGUUUUUCUGAUAAAGAAACCAUAGCUUUCCAGGAUAUGAUACUGCAAGGCUAUGAGGAAGCGGAGAGAGGCGGUCACGCCGGAGCGGAGUUCUGCCUGCAGCAUGUCGGCAUCGUUGAUUAUUGGCCUUUCGAUAAGAACAUUAGACAUCGACAUACACAACACGAGACAAUUUUGAACCAUUGCUUGGAUAAAAAAAACACUCUCGUCACAUUAUAUAUAUCCGGCAAAUGCGACCUUCCUUCUGCUUUGCAGGGCAAGAAUCAUGCAAGUGUUUUGGAUUUAGAGAUUUACAAGAAUCUAAAAUUUGUUGUUUUAGACAAUGUUCCAUAUAGAGAUAUCAACAAAUUGAACUGGAAUGGAUUAAAAGAAUGUAAAAUACAAUUCAACUCUUUUAUUCAACCAGCAGAGAAACUGAUAUCUUCAUUUAUGUCCUCAGAUGUAUCAUGUUUGAAAAGACUCUCAAUGAAAUGGAUUGGUUGGGAACAUGAAGCCCAGAAAACCUUCUCGAAGCUUCGACAUAUUGAACAUCUAGACGUCACAUGGAACAAGACUCUACCAAAGAAUUCGAAAUUUGAUCUUGAUCUUCGAUAUCUGGAAAAACUCAACUAUCUGGUUUUAGAUGGACUUGCUUUCUCUGACGUUUUUAUUCCACAUAGGCUCAAUCUUCACAAGUUGAAGGUCAGUUUUAGCACACAAAAAAGAGCACCACGGUUAAUGGCGGCGUUACUAGCGAAAACAGACGAUUCAAUCAGUCCAAAUCUGGACGGGCCGCUUUCUACCCUUACGAAUGUUAAAUUGGGUAACAUGAUCAUAUCAGAGGGAACGUUCAGACGUCUCGUUAGUAUUGUGAUACAUUCGGGACAUUCUGUACACUGUACGUUAAAUGACUGUACAAUUGAGCCUGAAGAGGACGUGAGACAGCUGCAGUUGGAAAUGGAGAACCAGUCCGCUCUUCAGAUGGUUGCUCUACAGCCCGUCUCAGCUGACUAUACAACACAUAUUACAAUAGAGGUGACGACCAUGUCAGCAGGAACGUUCAGACGUCUCAUUAGUAUCGUGAUACAGUCGGGACAUUCUGUGAACUGUGAGUUAGAGUCCUGUAUAUUAGAGCCUGAUGAGGACGUGAGACAGCUGCAGGUGGAGAUGGAGAACCAGUCCGCUCUUCAGAUGGUUGCUCUACAGCCCGUCUCAGCCGACUAUACAACACACAUUACAAUAAUUGAGACGAUCAUGUCAGCAGGAACGUUCAGACGUCUCGUUAGUAUUGUGAUACAGUCGGGACAUUCUGUGAACUGUAAGUUAGGGGGCUGUGAAAUAGAGCCUGAUGAAGACGUGAGACAGCUGCAGGUGGAGAUGGAGAACCAGUCCGCUCUUCAGAUGGUUGCUCUACAGCCCGUCUCAGCCGACUAUACAACACACAUUACAAUAAAUGGUACGACCAUGUCAGCAGGAACGUUCAGACGUCUCGUUAGUAUUGUGAUACAGUCGGGACAUUCUGUGAACUGUAAGUUAGGGGGCUGUGAAAUAGAGCCUGAUGAGGACGUGAGACAGCUGCAGGUGGAGAUGGAGAACCAGUCCGCUCUUCAGAUGGUUGCUCUACAGCCCGUCUCAGCCGACUAUACAACACACAUUACAAUAAAUGGUACGACCAUGUCAGCAGGAACGUUCAGACGUUUCGUUAGUAUUGUGAUACAGUCGGGACAUUCUGUGAACUGUAAGUUAGAGCGCUGUAGAAUAAAGCCUGAAGAGGACGUGAGACAGCUGCUGGUGGAGAUGAUGAACCAGUCCGCCGUGAAACUUGUGAGGCCCUUCCAGGUUGGUGUAUUCCAUGACUGGUCUGUUGAGUUCAACGUAAAUGCGUCUGCGGAACCAGAUGAGUCCCUGCAGGCUUUCGGGAUUAACUCCCCUACCUCCGCCGUGUCCACGGAACCGGAAUUGUCUGUCCAAGCGUCCGUGAGUAGCGCCCCUUGCUCCGUCGCGCCAACGGAACCGGAAGUGUCCCUUCAGGGUUCCGGAGGUAACUCCCCUUGCUUUGUCGCCUCCGUAGAACCGGAAUUGUCCGUCCAGGCGUCCAGAGGUCACGCCCCUUGCUCCGUCGCGUCAACGGAACCGGAAGUGUCCCUUCAGGCUUCCGGAGCUAACUUCCCUUGCUCCACCAGUUCAGAAAAGGCUAAGCUGACGCGUUUUCAGAAAGUACGAAGGUUUUUCAAAAACCUUGGAAGCAAAAAAUCAAAGUGAAAUGAAAUUCUAAGGAACUUCAACGUUGACGGCUAAAAGCCUUUGAUUAGAUUUAAUGACUGGCACUCGAACGAUGUGUUUCUUAAAGCUUUGUACACGUUUAUUUUCCGAGGUAGACCCUGCUUUCGAAUUCUUAAAAAAGACUGUAAAUUGCUGAUUUAUGAGAAAAUAACGUGUUGCUGAAAAUGAUAACAAUUCAUUUCAUUAUUGUCAUUGCCUUAUUAAAGAAUAAUUGUGUAUAUAUCAUGAUACGUUCACCUGUUUGAAUCAGAAAAUUUAUCGAAAUAUGUGUUCACUGUUUUUCUCAGGUUAGCUUGUUUCACAGUAAAAUAAAGAAACGUAUGCACAAAUUGCUGGCAAGAAAAAGCAAUGACGUAAUAUGUUAGCUUAAAUAUGAAUUGUUUAAUAUUUUUGAAUGGAUUUUAAGCUUUUCUUUCAUGUUGUUUGUCUUAGGUUAUUGAAAAAUAACGAUGAUUUAUAUCACUGAUUAUCUCAUGUCCGAUUAACUCUUAGAAAUUGAAUGUUAACGCACACAGUGCUAUGAUGAAAAAAACAAACAAUGACGUCAUUUCCGGUAUGACAUCGUUUUGCUAACAUUUGGCGAUAUUUUUAAAGUAAAGAUCAAUUCAUUAUUAUCUCUAAUGUCUGGAAAGCAUAAAAUAAAGAGAUAGUGUGUGUUGUUUUCAAUGUAAGAUUGUUAUAUAAUUCACCUCGUUCACAACAAUGUAAAUAUGCUGCUUUUGGUGCUCACUCAAGAAAAAUAUAACCGUCGUACACUAAAACAAACAAAUACCCUCUAUAAGUGUUGUAUGUCGACUGAUUCUAAAGUUGUUUCUGUCUAUAUAGUUUGAUCUGUUUGUUUUUGCCUCUCACAGAUAUACCGUUUUUACAACUUUUUUUAUUGUUUUUGUCUUGGACAGAGCAAAUGUUCGCGUAAAUAUCUGCAAACCAGUGAUAAAAUAUUGCUGACAAAAGAUCAGAUCGCAAAUUUUCAUAUUCCGUUCGAACAUUAUUGUUUUAUGAGUAACGGUUUAAGAAAAAUACAUAAAACAUCAAUUUUUGAACUUAAAUAUAAAAAUCUGCGAUCUGAUUUUUGUCAGCUGUCUUGUAUAACUGGUUUCCAUGCAUUUUCGCAAAAAUUGGCUCGUUCCAAAACAAAAAAAUUAAAAAAGCUGUGAAAACGUUCAAUCUCUAAGAGUGCAGCUUUAAAGUGAUAUCAGAGUACUGUACAACUGUAAUAUAUUUUAAUUUCUUAACAUUGUCAUAUUGAAUUUAAAGAGUGCUGUUGCUGUGUAGAAAGUUUGAUAGUGUUGUUAUAUAUGCCUUGUAAGCUAUAGUGAUUUCAGAGUAGAUUUUUACUGUGAAUAUAGUUAUAAUUUUUUUUAACAUUGCCAUAAUUAUUCUAAAGAGUGCUGUUGCUGAAUAGAGAGUUUGAAAGUGUUGUUAUAUGCCUUGAAAGUUACAAUGACUUCAGAGUAGAUUAUUUCUGUGAAUGGAGUUGCAUUUCUUAACAUUGUCAUAAUGAUUUUAAAGAGUGCUGUUGCUGUAUGGAGAUUAUUACUGUAAAUGGAGUACUUGUUUCAUUUCUUAACAUUGUCGUAAUGAUUCUAAAGUGUGUUGUUGCUGUAUAGAGAGUUUGAUAGUGUUGUUAUAUGCCUUGUACGCUUUAGUGAUUUCAGAGUAUAUAAUUACUAUUAAUACAGUUUAAUUUCUUAACAUUGUCAUACUGAUUCUUAUGUGUGUGUUUUUAUAGACAGUUUGAUGUGUUUGUAUAUGCCUUGCACGCUAUAGUGAAUUCAGAGUACAUUAUUACUGUAAAUAAAGUUGCAUUUCUUAACAUUGUCAUAAUGAUCUACUGUAUAUAAAGUUACCUUUCUUAACAUUGUCAUAAUGAUCUACUGUAUAUAAAAUUACCUUUCUU